CGCUGCAAAAGGAAUUAAGCACAGAACCAACAGCAUGUCGUCCCUGUUAGAGAAGUCGUUGGAUGAAAUCAUCGGGUCUGGAUCCGGUCGCCCAGAACGGAGUAGAAAACGUUCAAGUACCAGAGGAAGAAACUCGAGGGUUUCGAAGCCAGGCAGACGUGGACCACCCGCAGCGAGAAGCUUUCGUGGAUCAGUGCACAAUGGCAGCCCUAACGAGAUCAAAAUCGUCAACUUGCACCCUGAGUUGACAACCGAGGACCUCACCCAGCUCAUGGAGACUGUUGGUCCGACCACACGCGUGGAAAUCAAGUACAACACGCAUGGUAAGUCCAUUGGGGUUGCCUUUGUUGAAUACGAGUUCGGUAGGGAUGCGAUGGAGGCCAUCAAGAGAUUUGACGGGCGACUAGCAGCCGGCCAGAUCAUAAGCGUGUCCAGCACGAUGCCUUUGAUCGACAGAAUUGGUGGAAGGGCCGAACCGCGUCCGAGACGGAGAAACCCGAAGCCUGUGACCGUCGAAGGUAACGGUAACGGCAAUGCGAAACCCGACGGCAAUCCAAAGCCAAAGAGGAAAGAACGGAAGACCCUGGAAGACUUGGAUAACGAGCUCAACAUGUACAUGAACGGAGAGGCUGGAGAGGUACAGUCCGAGGAGCAGUCAACACACUUGCCUCAGCAGGAUGCUGAACAAGCGUCUGCAACGGUGCUAGUUCCUGCUCAAGAAUCUGAAGCAGCACAAGUGCCAGCACAGGAGUCCGCCCCUGUUGAGAACGGUGUUGAACCAGCCGGUAAUGAUGUCGCCAUGGAGUGAUCGAGGAGGAGAAAAAGUAAAAGAAACAGUGAAACGAUAAUGAUGUAUUAAUAAUAAAUAGCGACCGAAGGCCCCGGU